AUGGCGUCGUCUACUUCCAGUGGUUACAGAAGUCAAAGCAGUUCCAUAGCUGUCAAUCCACACUAUGCAUGCUAUUGGUUAGAUUCCUGCUGCGGUCAGCACGAACUAACAACUUGUUCAAAGCGGCGAGAAGAAUUGCAUGGGAAAUUAGGCAUUUAUUAUUCACCCAAUGGUAUUUACAAGCGGUUCGCUCGUGAUGCUUUGAGUAGUGUCAAUUUGAGUCACAAUCCAACUGGGUGUACAAGAGUCCACUUAUUGAUUUAUAGAAUUCGACCCAAUGGCAGAAAAGAAGUUCUAUUCGGGUUGAGCUAUCGUAAGAAUACUCCUGACGAAGCAACUCGACAUCCUUUGCUUUCAUUUCCAUACUCCGAACCACGUAAACGUGAUGAGUAUGGUAAACCAAUAGCACGUCGUGCGUUUCAAUCUAUCAGUGAUAAUAAAGAUAUUGGAACACAAGGUUUAAAAUCUCGUUUUCUCUUUCAACACGCGAAUGUUAUCUAUCCAUGGUAUGUAACUGAAAACGAAGCCGAUUCUCUGACAGAAAAUUUUACAGCAAAUGAAGAAAUUAUCUCAUUACAUUGGUUUCCAUUGACACUUGUACUAGAACGUUUGCCACAAUGGAACAAUUAUUUAAUUAGCGAAGCGACACAUAAUGAACUAGCACAACAUGGUCACAUCAAGCCAACUGAAGUUCGACUCGGUGAGUAUGAGGUACGGCCACUCACUGCAAUGUGUUUGAUGUGUAUUCGAGAACAUGUAUCCGAAGGUUUUGAGACAUUUUUAAAAUAA